AUGUCUCAGAAACGAAUUGCUAAGGAAUAUGGCGACUUGCAGAAAAAGCCUCUUGAAGGUAUCAAGAUUAUUGUGCCAGACGAGGCAGAUAUGCACCUUUGGCACAUCGAAAUGCAAGGCCCAAAAGGCUCCGCUUACGAGGGAGGUGUGUUCACUCUGGUUCUUUCGCUACCCAAGGAAUAUCCCUUCAAGCCUCCGACGCUUUCAUUCAAGACAAAAAUCUAUCACCCAAACGUUACAAAUGACGACAAAGGAUCCAUGUGCCUCGGUCUGCUCCGCCCUGACGAGUGGAAACCAAGCAGCAAGAUCGACAGUGUCCUAGAAUUCGCUAGGGGGUUAUUGAUAGAGCCGCAGCCAGAUGACGCCGUGGAGCAGGGUAUUGCGCGAGAGUACAAAGAGAAUAAGAAGGACUUCCUGAAGACGACGAAGGCUUGGGUGAAACAGUACGCUAAGAAAUAG